AUGAUAUGCACUAUCCUCGGUUACAUGAUAUGCACUAGCCUAUCCUCGGACUACCAAGCUGCGAUCCUGCACGACAGUCUACCCAAGGACGAACUGGCUACACCACAGCACUGUCCGCGUCGAUCCUCUCUCUCUGCAAGCGCCGACGCACCCUUUACUCAAGUACAGACAUCCAGGGAUCGACUGGACCUCGAACAUCGCUGUUUCCAUUCGGCCUACCUCCAAGCUGUCGCCUUGAAACCUGACAACGCUCCUUCAAGACUACACGACCGAACUACUACAAACGAUUAUCUCUGUUUUGAUUUUUGUCAUUUACAACAAAUAUUAACUAUUAUUACCAAAUUUGAAUUUUCUAUCUAUCUAUCUAUCUAUCUAUCUAUCUAUCUAUCUAUAGAACACAUGUACACAUCAAGUGCUCCAUGUGUUCUACAUACAGAUCUAUCUAUCUAUCUAUCUAUCUAUCUAUCUAUCUAUUUAUCUAUCUAUCUAUCUAUCUAA